AUAUAUAUGUAUUGAAAAGAGAAAACAGUCUACAUUUCUACGAAAAUGUUCAUUCUCGGUGCGAUUGUUGCUAUAAUCGUGAUUUUACUUACGUUAACACCAUGGUGGUACUACAUUUUAUUUAAAAACAGAAAAUUUUUAAAACAAUUUCCUAUGCCGACUCAGUUACCUCUUUUGGGGUAUACUUACAAACUACGAAAUACUGUGGAUUUAUACUAUGUGAUAGAAUCUGAAAUAAAAACUCUAGGAAAAAGCUUUUUCGCCAUGGUAGGACCAAUUCCAACUCUGUUCACUGCUGAUCCUAAGAUAUUUUCACUUAUUCUUGGAUCCCCAAAGCACAUCAAUAAGCCAGAAAGACUUUCAAAAAUGUUAAGCAACAGCAUUGCAAAUUCAUUAAUUGCAGUUAACGGUGAUGAAUGGCGGCAGCAAAGAAAAUUUUUAAAUCCAGCUUUAGAUUAUACAAGCGUCAUUGAAAAUAUAAAUGUUUUCAAUGAGAAGUCAAACGGGCUUAUAAAAAGAUUAGAGGUUGAAAUAAAUAAUGAAUCAACGGAGAUGGGGAAGGUUUUUGGCUGUUACACAUUAGAACAGGCUUAUGAAUCCUUAUUGGGUGACACAGUAUUAACUGAUAAAACAGAAUUUUUAAAUGCAGUAAGACUGUUUAUGAAAAUUUGUAUGGAUAGAGCCAUUUCACCAACAACCUACCUCCACGCAACAUACGUAUUCACUAAAACUUAUUGGAAAGAAAGGAAAACGUUAAAAAUUCUUUUUGAUCAUGUAAGAGAACUUAUUAGAAAAAAGAAAAUUGAAUUACACGAAAAUAAGAUAAUCGAAAGAAGACCGAUAUUAAUCGAUAUAUUAAUCAACCACAUGGAAAACGAUAAAAAUAUUACCGAACAUUUUAUUUCAAGUCAAUUAAUAAUGAUGCUUGCUGCAGCUUUUGAUACGACUGCAACAACGUUAUCAUUUCUUCUUUAUCACUUAUCAAUAUUCCCAAAAAUUCAACAAAAAGCGUAUGAUGAAGUAUUUGCAAUGCUUGGUGAUGACAUCAACCAACCCAUAACAAAUCAUCAUGUGAAAGAAAUGAAAUAUUUAGAUUUGGUUAUCAAGGAAUCGAUGAGAAUGAAAGCGUCAGCUCCUUUAUUUGUGCGAACGCUAAACGAAGACAUUAAUUACGAAGGAACAAUCUUACCUAAAGGAUUAAUGGUGUUGAUGUUGCCGUUUAUGAUGCACAUGGAUCCCGAUGUAUAUCCAGAACCUGAAAAAUUUAUCCCGGAAAGAUUUCUUGUGGAAAAUUUAAAUCCAAAUAGAUAUAGUUAUGCCCCUUUUAAUGCUGGAAUUAGAAAUUGUAUCGGUCAAAAAUUUGCAAUGUUAUCUAUGCACGUUGUCCUUGCAAAACUAUUAUUAAAUUACGAGUUUGUUGAAGUUAAACAGGAACUAAUAUUGUGUGCGGAGAUAACGUUACGUUCAAAAACGGGGAUUAAAGUUGGAAUUCGUAAAAGGAAUAAGAAAAAUUAGUUUAAAAAAUGUAUUUGGUUUUAGGUUUUUUGUUAUAAUAUAAAAUUAAAUC